AUGAAGCCCUCCUUCAUCCUCCCCGUCGCAGCCCUCGCCGGGUCGGCCCUCUCCGCCGCCGUGCCCCAAUCCCAGGACCUGGUCCCAGUCCUCGUCCCCGAGUUCAGCGACGCCGCCUUCACCCCCGCGGACCGCGAGGAUGCCUACGCUGACGCCGAGGACGCCGACAAGGCCUACUCCGCCCCCGGCACCUACCUCGACGGCGAGGACGCCGCCUACCUCGCCUCCGUCGACCUCGACACCGAGGGCGCCGCCGCCUGGGCUAGCGUCCACGCCGACCUCCGCGCCGCCCUCAUCGCCCACACCGACGUCACCAACUUCACCGCCGCGGACGCCGACCCCUACCCCGUCACGCUCAAGUGGGCCGGCGCCCACGUCGAGAACAUGAACAAGAACGAGACCGCAGAACGCGAAGAAAACAGAAAACUUGGCCGUGGGAUUGCAGCGCUAAUCCUCUAUAUCUUUAAGCCCUUCUUUGGGGGCCUGGCGACGGCCCAAGCCAAAAAUGGCACCCAGCCCACGGGCGGCCGCCCCAAGAUCCCCGACUUCCACGUCGGCCUCGACGCCGACGGCGUCUGCAGGUACUUCCAAGGCGCGGCAUGGAAGGCCCAGGAGCUCCGCAGGCCCAUGGAGCAGUUCUCGCCCGAGUACGUCCCGUGGCUGGUUGAGAACAAGGGCCCUUACAUCUACGUCCUCGACGGCCUCCGCGAGAUCGAGUGGAGCUUCUGGACGCUCGGCCGCGCCCUCGAGUACACCUCCUCCUUCACCGAGGAGGAGCAGUUCAAGAUUGCUCGCUGCGCCACCCUCCCUAUCAGCGAGCCCAGGCACGUGCACCUCUUCGGCUUCCGUUCCCUCCUCCGCCUGCUCGAGGAGAAGGCGCCCGUCUCAAAGUACCAGACGUACGCCAACGUCCGCAUCGUCCGCGUUCUCGAAAACCUGGACUCCUCCCUCGAGAGUGUCCGCGCCUCGGUCGACCGCAAGCUCACCAGCACCGCUGCCAAGGUUUACCUGAUCCGCAGCGAUUACUACGACAUGUACGAGCAGUUGGACCACACGGUCUGGGCCUUUGAGCGCAACCUUUGA